UCUAUUGCAGUUUAAAAUGCCUCGUCACGACGAUAGAUACAGCAAUACUCGCCUCUAUGUUGGCCGCUUGUCAUCAAGAACACGUUCCCGUGAUCUGGAGGGAGUUUUCAGCAGAUACGGAAGGUUAUUAUUGGGCCUUGGCCUAACCUGGAGAUGUCAUUGAUGAGGGGAGGGUGGUGAUGGUGGCCUUGGUGGAAUAUCAUCAUGCCCAGUGUGUAGGAAGGGCGAUUCUUUCUGUAAUGUUAUUGCAUGUGUUUGUCCAAAUUGCCAACAAUCACAAACUGGUGUUUAAGUUCGUCUUGACGGGCGAAGUAUCGUUCAAACUUCACACAAAAGUGUUACUUAAAAGUAAUGAUGGCCUUACCUGUUUGUGGCAACCAUUUCCGCAGAGUACGAGAUGUGGAUAUGAAGUACGACUAUGCCUUUGUUGAAUUUAGCGACGCCAGGGAUGCUGAUGACGCUCAGUAUAGCUUGAAUGGUAGAGAUGUUGAUGGAAGUCGUAUUAUUGUUGAAUUUGCAAAGGGGGUACCACGUUCAAGUGGUGGUAGUAGUUCACGAGAAUAUCUGGGAAGAGGGCCUCCGCCUGGAACGGGGAGGUGCUUCAAUUGUGGCAUUGAUGGUCACUGGGCCCGAGAUUGCAAGGCAGGAGAUUGGAAGAACAAAUGUUAUCGGUGUGGCGAUCGUGGUCAUAUCGAAAGGAAUUGCCAAAACAGCCCAAAGAAGCUCAAGAAAGAGAAGAAUUACUCUCGUUCUCCUCGUCGUGGUAGAAGCCGAAGCCCCAGCCAUGAACGUGGUCGUAGCUACAGCCGGUCUAGGUCUCCUCCGAAGAGGGAGCGUGUAGUGGAGAAGCGGUCAAGGAGGAGCUACAGCCGAAGCCCCACACCGAAAGAAGACUUAUCUCCACUUCCUCCUUCCAAAUCUAGGAAGGUGGUGCAUAGCCCAACUCCCGAUGAAAGCCCUAGAUAUGAAAUCAGCCCUUCUCAUAAUGGAGAAGAGAGCCCUAGAGUAAAGAGCCCGGAAAGGGAUGAUGAUGUAAGCCCUAGUCCUAAGGACAAUAAGAGGAGCCGGAGCCCUAUCGAUGACGAUGACGAUGAUGAUGCCAAUCUCGGUUCUCCCAAGGGAAGCGAGUCGACUUAGGGGGUCUUGAGGAACCCUAGUUUCUAAAACUUUUACUGAUUGUGGUUGUUAUUGUAGUAAUUUUAUUGGUUAGACUUGGAAUUGUGUUUGUUUCUGAAUUAUUGUGACUUCUGAUUUUAGUGUUUCAAUAAAUUGGUUUUGUGUA